AUGAAGCCACCCCCUGUUCUGACCUGCCUUUGCCUCUUGGUGGCCCUGGCUGGAGGGAACUUGCUGCAGUUUGGGGUGAUGAUUGAGAGGAUGACAGGGAAGCCUGCACUGCACUACAACGACUACGGCUGCUACUGCGGCAUCGGCGGCUCCAACUGGCCUGUGGACCAGACCGACUGGUGCUGCCAUGCCCACGACUGCUGCUAUGGGCGCCUGCAGAAGCUAGGCUGUGAACCCAAACUGGAAAAGUAUUUGUUCUCCACCAGCAGGCAAAGCAUCUUCUGUGCCGGCAGAACCGCCUGCCAGCGGCAGACCUGUGAGUGUGACAAGACGGCUGCACUCUGCUUCCGACACAACCUGGACACCUACAACUACAAAUACGCCCAUUACCCCAACAAACUAUGCACUGGACCCACCCCGCCAUGCUAA